AUGGAUGAAUCAUAUACAUUAAAGAUUCUUGAAGGUGGUAUGGAAAUAGCUGCAAAAGAGAUAUGGGGUGUAUUACACGCCUUAGAAACUAUCCUACAAUUGACUUAUAGAAGUGAAUGGGAUUCGAAGGUGAUAUAUGAAGCUUCUGUAAAUGAUGUUCCAGCAUAUUCACAUCGUGGAAUUAUGAUUGACACAGCUAGACAUUUUCUAAGUGUCUCUGAGAUUGAAAAAAUCAUCGAUGCAAUGUCCAUGGUUAAAAUGAAUGUUCUACAUUGGCAUGUUACGGAUGAUGAAUCAUUCCCGUUUGUAGUGUCAGCUUACCCACAACUAUCGGCACAGGGUGCUUUUAAUCCUCAAUUGAUGGUCUACCAACAUAAUGAAGUGUUAUCCUUAUUAGAGUAUGCACGUUUACGGGGUGUACGUGUUAUGGCGGAAUUUGAGACUCCAGCUCACACACAGUCAUGGGGCAGCAUUUCUAACACGUUCCUUACUCAGUGUUACAAGGACGGGCAACCAGAGGAUAGAUAUGGUCCAGUCAAUCCAAGUGAUGAAGAAACUUUCACAGCUCUAUCAAAUAUCUUUAAUGAAAUUCUCGGUGUAUUCCCUGAUACCCUACUUCAUUUCGGUGGUAGCGAGGUAACAUUUGACUGUUGGCAAUCUAAUCCAACUAUUCAAGAAUUUAUGCAAACACAAAGCUUUGGUGAUGAUUACAAUUCACUCGAAGAUUAUUAUUUCCGAAAACUUAUGGAAACUGUUCUUGGAGCAAAUUCAUCAGAAUGGACAGUUUCACCAGUCAUUUGGGAAGAUGCAUUCGAUAAUGGAUAUCGUGGUGAACCAGCAACUGUAGUACACGUACAUCAACCUGAAUACAAGUCAGUACUAGAAGAGGCCACAAAAGCUGGAUACAGAGUAAUCACUAGCUCGUGCUGGAAACUGAAUGAAAAGAAGCUUGGUGAUGAUUGGAGAAAAUAUUAUGAAUGUGAUUUCAGUACAUUUGAUGCUACUGAUGAUCAGCUAGCCUUACUAAUUGGUGGUGAAGCUUUACUAUGGGGUUUCUAUGUGGAUGAUGCAAAUCUAUUUCCAGCAACUUGGCCACUAGCUGCAACCGUAGCUGAACGACUUUGGUCUACAGAACCUCCAGAAACUGAAGUAUUCGCACAAGAACUUGAUGAACUUCGUUGUCGAAUGUUAAGACGUGGUUGGAGUGCUCAAGCGAUAACUGGACCUGGAUUCUGUUCCCCAUAG